UUCCCCGUGGCGGAAGAGCUGGAGCCCCGGGAGCGAUGGAAACGGCGGCGCCGGCGGCGGCCGUGGCGUCUGAGGGAGAAGAUUUAGAUAUGGACGUGAUGAAACCUCUAAUUGAAGAGCAAAACUCUGAUGGUGCUUCGGAUGAGGAGCAGGAACACGAACUGCUGCCAGUCCAGAAACAUUACCAACUUGGUGGCCAAGAAGGCAUUUCAUUUGUCCAAACCCUAACCCAUCUCCUCAAAGGAAAUAUCGGGACUGGUCUCCUCGGACUGCCUCUGGCAAUAAAAAACGCUGGGAUUGUGCUUGGACCAAUCAGUCUUGUGUUUAUAGGGAUUAUAUCCGUUCACUGUAUGCACAUCUUGGUACGUUGCAGUCAUUUUCUAUGUCAGAGGUUGAAGAAGCCAACACUGGGCUACAGUGACACUGUUAGUUUUGCUAUGGAAGUAGGCCCUUGGAGUUGUCUCCAGAAACAGGCCUCAUGGGGAAGGUAUAUCGUUGACUUUUUUCUGGUGAUAACCCAGCUGGGAUUUUGUAGCGUUUAUAUUGUGUUCCUAGCCGAGAAUGUGAAGCAGAUUCAUGAAGGAUUUUUGGAAAGUCGGGUCUUUUUCCUGAACAGUACCAAUGAAGCCGGUACCUAUGAAAGAAGAAGCGUGGACCUGAGAAUAUACAUGCUCUGCUUUCUUCCAUUUAUGGUUCUUCUGGUCUUCAUUCGUGAUCUGAAGAAUCUGUCUAUGCUCUCGCUCCUUGCCAAUGUCUCCAUGGCCGUCAGCCUUGUAAUCAUUUACCAGUAUAUUGUUAGAGACAUGACAGACCCCCGAAGCCUUCCAGCAGUUGCUGGCUGGAAGAAAUACCCACUAUUUUUUGGAACCGCCAUAUUUGCUUUUGAAGGGAUAGGAGUGGUUCUGCCCCUGGAAAAUCAAAUGAAAGAAACAAAACGCUUCCCACAAGCAUUGAAUAUUGGCAUGGGGAUUGUUACAACUCUGUAUAUAACACUAGCCACUUUAGGAUAUAUGCGUUUUCAUGAAGAAAUCAAAGGCAGCAUAACUUUAAAUCUGCCUCAAGAUAAAUGGUUGUAUCAAUCAGUUAAAAUUCUGUAUUCCUUUGGAAUUUUUGUGACCUAUUCAAUUCAGUUCUACGUUCCAGCAGAAAUCAUAAUUCCAGCUGUCACAUUCAAAUUCCAGAAGAAAUGGAGGCUAAUCUGUGAAUUUGUGGUGAGGUCAUUCUUGGUCGCCAUUACUUGUGCUGUAGCAAUUCUGAUUCCUCGCUUAGACUUGGUGAUUUCUUUUGUUGGAGCUGUGAGCAGCAGCACCCUGGCCCUGAUCCUUCCACCGCUGGUUGAAAUUCUCACGUUUUAUAAGGAAAAUAUGUGCUCGUGGAUCAUCUUCAAAGAUAUCUUUAUAGCAGUCAUUGGAGUUGUUGGCUUUUUAACAGGGACGACCCACCAGCCAGGGCUAGGCCUGUCUAGCAGGGAGAGUCUCAGCGUUUUGCAGCACAAACUGCUGAGACCGUCGACUCACUUGAAGGUAAGUGUGAGCUUGCCUUCUUACACUUGCUGGCAGCUGAGCUGAUGGAUGGCAGCUCCACAUUUCCCUAAAUCAUGCCUCCCUUUUGAGCCAAGUCUCUUACCUGUUCAGGAAGUACAGCUCUCCUUAAGAAGUUUUGGAAAAAAAACCCCUCCCUACCCAUUGUCAUCAUCAGUAGGGUUUUAUUGAGCACCUCUUGUGGGCCCGAGCACUGUCCUAAUUGUUUGGGAGAGCUCAGUAGAUCCCUGCCCUCAAAGAUUUUAUAAUCUGACAGUCCUCGCCUGAAAAUUGGGAUAGGGAUUGGAAAGACUGAUUUGUGCAAUACAAAAUGUUAGGAUUUCCUGAAUUUCAAAACCGUGGUACUUUCGGCUCGCUAGUUGCCGCUGAAUAGAAGGGGUAGAACGAAAGCAUUUCUAAGGAAUGUUUCCUCAAAGAAGUCACUUUAAGGAAACUAGAUGAAAUGACAUGACUUGAGACUAAAAUUCCCAGAGCAUUCUAUGCUUCAUCCAAAAAAUACCUCCCCCUCCACCAGGGAAAGGAAUUUUCAGUUUACAAAGGGGAAGGAAAGAUCCUCAAAAUUCUUGAAGAUAAUGAAACACCUAGAUGAAGUUUAAUCUUUCUAAACAUCGAAACGUUGCCCUCAUUAGUUUGAAAGGCCUCAAACUAGAAUUAUUUGCACUUUAUGUCAGAUUGAUUACCCCCUGAGUAUGUGGGGGCAUUUGGCAAGGCAGUCGUCAAAGUCACAAGCUUUGUACGUAAUUUAUCUUGACAUUUGUAGAUUCUUAACUGUAGGGCCACUUACAUGAUUAGUGGAAUUUUUCAAGUAUACAAAUGUAUUGAUUGCUGUCUUUUUGUACUUAUUCAUAGGAGAUAGACUUGCCAUCUAUAUUUAUAUUAACAUUUCUAAAUACUUAGUUUGCUAAGUCUUUUUUGAUAUCAACCCCAUUUUGUUAAAUAUUUCAGUUGUUAAAAGGGAGUCCACGAGGAUGUAGGAAAACAAUGUCAUUUUAAAGAUACUGUUAUAGUAAUUUAUUUUUUGCCAAGAAACUUUAGUAAAGAAUAACUGCUGUAAUUGUUAGAAAAUUUUAUUUAAAUAUAUAUUUAUUGAAUAUCAUAAAUAAUCAGAAGACCACUACUAUUCACCUAAUUUAAUGUGAGGUGAUGUUACCUAAUUUAACUACCUUCAGGAAAUAUUUCUAAUCCAUUUUUUAUUUCCAUCGUAAUCCUUUGUUUAAGAAUUUUUCUGAUGAGGUUCAUUAUACAAUCAAUCAAUGAUACUUAUUCUGCAUUUACUACAUGCAGAGGACUGUACUAAGCACUCGGGAGAGUAUAAUACAAUAGAAUUGGAAGACACGUUCCCUGCCCCCAGCAAGUUUACAGUUUAGGGGAUAAGUAUAAAACAUAAACCCUGGACCCUUUUAAAACAACUGAUGUGGCAAAUCACCUUUCCAGUUGAGUAUGGGAAACAAUUAAGUGGUUGCCGCACUUAUCAAGUCGUUUCCAAUUCAUAGCAACUCUAUGGAUAUAUUUUCUCCAGAACAUCCUUCCUCUGCCAUAAUCCGUAACCUUGCUAACAGUCCUUCCAUUAUCGGGCUGCAGCACAGCAAGUGGUUUUUGGCAGCCAGGAUUAUUAUUAAAGAGGAAUUUACUAAUGAUGAGAAUUCCCCCCUUGGCCAAGAACACUUAAAAGGUUUAAAUGAUGUUCACUGGCCAGCAAGUAGUGAUCCACCCAGCAUCAAAGUGACUGAGUUGAUACUGUAAAUAAGUAGCAGGAACUUAAUCCUUACAUAAUUGAAUAAUUUGGUUAUUUAAAAGAGGGUAAGUGCUCAAAUGAAAUGAUCUGCCUUAUUUUUUCAGUGAUCAUUCCCUUAAUUAAUCACUUGUAAGAGCCAAUGCAUGCAAACCCCAGAGAAACCGGGUGAACUCAAUAUAAUAAAAAACCGUAAAGUAAAUUCUGAACUAACCUUGAAGAAGAAAAGUUAAAAAAACUUUUCAUUCCCAAGUGGUAGAGGUACAGCUUUAUUUUAAGAAAAUCCAGGACGUCUGUAGUCCCAUUUUCUUUUCAGGCAGUCACCUCUCUUGAUACAAUUUUUUUUUAUACUCAGUAAAUUACUGUCAGGCUGUGAGAUUGGCUCAGAUUAACUAAAUCGUUUUACAUGUGCUUUCAAUGGCUUCCUUAGGGCUCCUGCCCAUCUGCUGGCUCUUGGCCUUUGGCUAUCAAUUGGACUCAAAAUUGUACACAACCUUCCCAGGGACAAAAAGCAUAUAAGUGCUGAAUGAACACACUGCUCCUAGAGUCAUUGAAUUACCCAGUACUAAUACUGGCGAAUAAAUUAAAAACUAGCCAUGGAGAGGGAUUAAAGAGUAAGAAAGAAAUCACAGCCUCUCAGAAAGGUGUUUCUCCCCUUUCAAUUAAGAAUUGUAAGGUACCAAGGUGCAGGUUUUGGUUGAUAAAAUGAAAUUUUACAAAAGAAGUCACACGGCAGGAAUAUGAAAACUCUUUUUCUGGGAAAAUUGUAUUUCAUUGGUUCACUAGAUAGAUAUUUCAAUAGGACCGGUAGAAACUUAGGGUAACGUUUUCUUUGGCUUCUCUUGCCCAGCUGUUGCUUUGGGUGGAUUGCAAGGAGAACCAGUGUGUGUUCAUAACUGUCCAAUAUAUUCACAUUUGUUGUUUUCUGACCACCAUGUAAGGGCUGAAGUAACUUCUGUAUUCCUUCAUGUUGAAGGAUUUAGAUGGGACCAUUUGUGGGAGGGCCCACAAGCUGUUGGAGAACCUAUUCCUUUGUAAGUUGCUGAGCUUUAAUCUCCAAUGUCUCAUCUACCCUGAGAGUUCUGGGUCGUUUUCCAGUGACCCAGCACAUAGAAGCUUUCAUUUAUUUCCUGGAACAAAACCCUGUAAUUUAGAAGGUUCAUAACGUGCUGCUUACUAACCUGCUCGAAGGCCUUAUUAUUAUAACAGUUCAGAUAUUACCUCUUUUUUUUUGGUGUGUUUUAUCUCUUUGUGAAGGACACUCAACCCAACCAAAUUAAUGUCAGGGUGCAUAAUAAGGAAAUUUGGUCUCCAUUCAGAGAGUAAUGGCAUAAAUAAAAAUAGGAAAUCAUAAAAUUCAGAUGAACAAUAUAGAAGAAAAUCAUGUCAAAUAAAUGAUGGGCAAUAUUAAUCAAGUCCCUUUAAUCCAUUAGAGAAUUGAAAAUCAAAUACCAUUUUUUAGUUCCCAUGAACACAUUCAUUCUCUAAGCUACAGGAGUGUGUAUGGAUUUAUAUUUUAUUUGGAAACAGGCUUUUUGUGUACGAGUCAUGUUAAAGUGAUGUCAUUGGAGUUGCUAAUAAGAAAUGGGAAAUAUAGUUGUAUUGGCUUAAGGGGUGUUCUCAAAACUGUAGCUAUGUUAUGCUGAGCCCAGUUCUCUCAGUGCUUAAAGUUACUUCAUGGAAGCGUGUUGGGCAGUUUAGGAGAAUGUCUUAGGGGACAGUUUUUUCAGAACUGAAGUAGUAGGUCCAUGACAGGGAAGCUAUUUGCAUAUGAGGCAUUUGUUUGGAUUAUAGAUGUGCCUGGGUGCCCUUAUCUGAAACAGGUUUUAGCUCUAAUUGGCUUCAGUCUUUUUUGGAACCCACUAAACCAAUUCCCUAGCAGCCCGAAAGAGGUAAUGAUCCUCCCAAAAUGCCUCACUACCAGGGAGUUACUUAGGUCCUGGGAGACUUGGGCUCGUAGUUUACAGAAUCAUAUUGUUAAUAUAAUUACAGUAAAAAUGGAGGUCCUUCUUUUGCGUAAAUGUUUUGACCACCAGUUGUUUUGUGUGUGUGAGUGAGACAGAGAGAGAGCGAACUGUAUGUCUAAUGUUCUGUAAUGUAAAUAUUCUGAAUUUCAAUAAAUAUUACAUCAUUA